AUGAAGACACUUCAGUUUCCCAGCAAACCAUACAACAAGAUAUUGCACAUACCUUCCCUUGGCCUUGCUCUUGUGCUGCUGAUUUGCUUGGCCUCUCCUUCAAGUUCCUGCACGAAGCAGGAGGAGAACUCCCUUCGACAGUUCCUUGCCGAGCUCUCGCAAGACGGUGGCCUCACUGCAUCAUGGCGGAAUGGCACAGAUUGCUGCCAGUGGGAAGGGAUCACCUGCAGUACAGAUGAGAUUGUUACAGAUGUCUUGCUGGCUUCUAGGAGUCUUGAGGGGCAAAUCUCUCCUUCUCUUGGGAACCUCGCUGGAUUGCUGCACCUCAACCUGUCAAACAAUCUGCUGUAUGGUGGUCUACCCCAGGAACUGGUGUCCUCCACGAGCAUCCUCAUCGUAGACGUCAGCUUUAACCGCCUCGGAGGAGACCUGCAUGAGUUGUCAUCUACCCAUGCCCGGCCGAUGAAGGUACUGAACAUCUCAAGCAAUUUGUUUACAGGGCAGUUUCCAUCCUCCACAUGGCAGGUGAUGAAAAAUCUGGUUGCACUCAAUGCGAGCAACAACAGCUUUACUGGGCAGCUACCAACUCAUUUCUGUGCCAGCUCGCCAUCCUUGGCAGUGCUUCACCUCUGUUACAAUCAAUUCAGAGGGAGCAUUCCCCCUGAACUUGGUAGCUGCUCCAUGCUCAGAGUGCUCAAGGUUGGCCACAACAACCUCAGUGGGACUUUCCCAGAUGAACUCUUCAAUGCUACCUUGUUAGAAUUCCUCUCCUUCCCCGGGAACAGUUUACAAGGAACACUUCAAGGCUCACAUAUUGCCAAACUCAGUAAUCUUGGUACUCUUGAUCUUGGAGAGAACAGCAUCAGUGGCAAGAUUCCGGGGUCUAUAGGUCAUCUCAAGAAGUUGGAGGAACUCCAUUUAAACAACAACAACAUGUAUGGGCAGUUGCCACCAAGUCUGACAAACUGCACAAAUCUCAUAACCAUUGGCAUCAAGAGCAACAAUUUCAGCGGAGAACUUACCAAGGUCAAUUUCUCUAACCUACCCAAUCUAAAAAAUUUAGAUCUUAUGAACAACAGCUUCAGUGGCAAAAUUCCAGAAAGCAUCUACUCAUGCAGCAAUCUAAUUGCGCUGCGGGUAUCUUCCAAUAAGUUCCAUGGCCAGCUGUCAGAAGCAAUAGGUAACCUGAAGUACCUCUCAUUCCUAUCACUUGCUAACAACACUCUUACAAAUAUCACAAGUACACUUCAGAUACUUGGGAGCUCCAAGAAUCUCACCAUCCUUCUUAUUGGGCUCAACUUCAUGAAUGAGACCAUGCCAGAUGAUGAGAGCAUUGCCGGUUUUGAGAAUCUUCAGGUUCUAGCAAUAACAAGCUGCUCAUUGUUGGGAAAAAUACCUCAUUGGCUAUCAAAGCUAAAAAAAUUGGAGCUAUUGUUUUUAAAAAACAAUCAACUAACAGGACAGAUACCUGACUGGAUUGGCAGCCUAAAAUUCCUCUUGUGUCUAGACAUAUCAAAUAACAGCAUGACGGGGGAAAUCCCAACAGCCUUAAUGCAGAUGCCAAUGCUGAAGUCAGAGAAAAAUGGAGCCCAUUGGGACCCAUGGGUCUGCAAACUACCAGUUUAUGUGGCUCCGUCACUUCAAUACCGGUUACCAAUGGGUUUCCCAAAAGUGCUAGAUCUAAGCAACAAUAUGUUAACUGGUGAGAUCCCGCUGGAAAUUGGUCAGCUGAAAUCCCUCCUUUCCAUCAAUUUGAGUCUCAAUGCCUUAGUAGGACAGAUCCCCCAAUCAAUCUGCGGUCUCACAAACCUCCAGUGGCUAGACUUGUCCAGCAACAAUCUUACAGGUACAAUCCCGGCUGCAUUGAACAAUCUGCAUUUCCUAUCCAGAUUCAACGUUUCUAACAAUGACCUAGAAGGUUCGAUUCCAUCUGGAGGCCAGUUUAACACAUUUGAGGUGUCUAGCUUCAAUGGGAACCCAAAGCUGUGUGACUCUAUGUUCGUACACGGAUGCGGUUUAGCAGAAGUACCUGCAGACACUAUUCUGUCAAGAAAACAAACUGAUUACAAGGUGGCCUUCGUGAUUGCCUUCACUGCUUUCUUUGGUGUAGGGGUGUUAUAUGAUCAGAUAGUCCUAUUUAGCAACCCGACUGCCAUGGCAGCACAAAAGCUGCCAUGGCAGCACAAAACGCUGCCAUGGCAGCGAAACAAAGCGGACGCACCACUGAAAACGUUGACAUGGCAGCAGGCCAGCUCGACUCAAGCAGCCAAACAGGAGAUACGUCGGGUGAGAUUGGGUCAAUGCUGUCACGAUGGCAGCUACCACACCCUCGACCACUACUCAGGGGAAAUCCCGAGUGCCAUAAUGGAGAUGCCAAUGCUAGAAUCAGACAAUACUACUGCACCAAAGGUCUUCUUUGAGCUGCCUGUUUGGAACAAGAACAAAUUUAUGCAGUACCUCACACCCAGUGCUUUUCCUAAAGUGCUUAAUCUAGCCAUGAAUAAUUUCACUGGUGUGAUCCCGGAGGAGAUUGGUCAGUUACAAGGACUCUUUUCACUCAACUUGAGCUCCAACAGAUUAUCUGGAGAGAUACCAGAACAGAUCUGCAUCCUCACGAACCUGCAGAUGCUCGACUUGUCUGGUAAUCAUCUCACUGGUAAGAUUCCAGCUGCAUUGAACAAUCUGCACUUCCUCUCCAGAUUCAACAUUUCUAAUAAUGACCUGGAAGGCACUAUUCCAAACGUGGGCCGGUUUAGCACGUUUCCGGAUUCUAGCUUUGGUGGAAACCCAAAACUUCGUGGCCCUAUGGUUGCGAACAAUUGUGGUUCGGCAGAAGCAAGUCCAGUUUCCAUUGACCCCAGAAAACAGAUUGGUAGUGAGGCCACCAUCUUUAUGACUGCCUUCGGUGUUUUCUUUGUAGUAGGAGUCCUAUAUGAUCAGAAAGUCUUAGCUAGACAUUUUGGCUAA